GGAGGGAGGAGUAGUGGUAGGGAGAGCGAGCGAGACCACCGGGCGCUCGAUCCUGCGCUGAGAGCCAUCGAUGAGGAAGUGCAAUUGAACCUGCGGUGUGGAGGGAGGAAAGCUGCUCAUCUCUGUGGUCCCUGGAGAGAGAGCGCCCCCCCAUCCAAACGCGCAGACCGGUGAAAAGAACGUACUGGGAAAAUGACCGGAAUGUGAAGGGAAUGAAGUCAGUAAUCAUGUGCCUUAUUGGCACCGCAUCGGUGCCACCACAGCGGUAGGGUUUGUGGAGAGAGGGAAAGAGGAGGAGGAGGAGGAGGAGGAGGAGUAGACGACAGCCAGGCAGACAGGUGCGACUCCACAGCCUGUUUCAUUUUCUCUCGGUCCCAGCAAGUAACAGAGCCAUGGAUACCCGCAAGGAAAACAAGGUAAGGAAACAACCCAUGAAACCCAAAUCGGCAACGCGGAAAGACAAGAAAUACAAAACCGGGAGGUUUAUCAGGAGGAAAUCGUUGCGAUCUUUCGGGAAUUUCAUGGGAAGGAUCCUUAAAACUUUGGGCACUUUGGCGCACUUUGGCGACGCGGAACCGCCGGACGCAGAGGACGACGACGGCGGCUUCGGGCAAAGCGCUUCGGGGGGUUUCAAAGACGACGGCUCGCAGAUCGCCAGGGAGGGAACCGCGAAGAAGAGCUCCGCGGCGUCCUGCUCUCACGGCUCGGUGAAAGAGAGGCUGUCGUGGUGCUACGGCGACAAGACCCCCGGGGUGCUGGGACUGAAGAACCACGGCAACACCUGUUUCAUGAACGCCGUGGUUCAGUGCCUCAGCAACACGGACCUGCUAGCCGAGUACCUCGGGCUGGAGCAGUACAAAUCGGAGACGUGCCACGGGAGGGUGAACGGGGAGGUGAGAGGAGAGGCGCCGCAGACCGCCAGGGGAGAGGUGACCGAGCAGCUGGCGUCGCUGGUCCGAGCGCUGUGGACGCUGGAGUACACGCCGCAGCUGUCUGUGGAGUUCAAGAGCAUAGUGGCCAAAUACGGCUCUCAGUUUCGGGGAAACUCUCAGCACGAUGCCCUCGAGUUCCUCCUCUGGCUUUUGGACAGAGUUCAUGAAGAUGCCAGUCCAAGCCCCAACAACAACAGCAGCAGCAGCAGCAGCAGCAAGACCAAAGCGAGUGCCAAGGGACCCAGUCCAUCGGAGGGUCCUUCCAGUCCCGUUUCAGCCAGCACACAGCAGCCUCGAGGUCGGCACAGUUUUGUCCAGGAACACUUCCAGGCUCAGUACAGGUCUUCUUUGACGUGCCCUCAUUGCCUUAAGCAGAGCAACACCUUCGACCCGUUUUUAUGUAUCUCCCUGCCAAUCCCCCUACGACAAACCAGGCCGAUGUGUGUGACGCUGGUGUUCAGUACGAAGGGUCAGAGGUAUCUGCGGGUGGGGUUGGCUGUACCUCUCUUUGGUACCCUGUCCUGCCUGAGAGCCAUGGUGGCAGAGGAGGGCAACAUCUCCCCGGACCAGGUCAUCCUGUCUGAGUUGUACUCCACGGGCUUCCAGCGUUCCUUCUCAGAUGACGACGACGUGACGGCGAUUGCUGAUAGUGACGUGGUUUAUGCCUUCCAGGCUCCUCCCCUCUAUAGUCGUGGAGGCUCUGCGCCACACUCAGGGUAUCACCACAGCCUCCCCUCCUCUCCCUACACCUCCACGGCUGGAUCUGAUGGUCAGAGAUUACCUCCGUCUGGCACCCUCUCCUCUGAAUACCUGAACCAGGGCGGCUCCACAAAGGUCCUCCUCCUCAUCUGUAACACAGCAGGAUCUGGCCAGCAAGCUGUCAGGUUUGGACCUCCGUUUCUUAUGCGCGAGGACAGAAGCAUCUCCUGGGACCAGCUGCAGCAAAGCAUCCUCAGCAAGCUGUAUUAUCUGAUGCUGAAUGGAUCUCAGGCUCAGAAUGCUGGGCUGCUAUUCAAGAUCAGAGUGGUGGGAGGAUCAGCAGCCUACAGUUACCUGUCCCCACAGGACAGCAGGCCACUCUACCACCCUGCAGUUGAUAGAGCGCUGAAGUUCUGCGGCCCUGGGGGACCUCCCCACGUGAAGCUUGUCAUCGAGUGGGAGCACAAGACUAAAGAAAGUCUGUUUGGCACCAUCCAGGAGGAGGUGGUGAAGGAUGCGGAGAGUGUGAGGAACCAGCAGCAGCAACACCUUCAGCAGCAUAGCUGUACCUUGGACGAGUGCUUCCAGCUGUAUACCAAAGAAGAGCAGCUUGCCCCAGAUGAUGCCUGGAAGUGUCCCCACUGUAAACAGCUUCAGCAGGGCAUGGUGAAGAUGAGCCUGUGGACUCUCCCCGACAUACUGAUCCUCCAUCUCAAGCGCUUCCGACAGGUAGGCGAGCGGAGGAAUAAGCUGUCAACCUUGGUGCGUUUCCCCCUGACUGGUUUGGACAUGGCCCCCCACAUGGUGAAGAGGAGUCAGAGUAUGAGGAACCUGAACCUGGGGGCCUGGCCACCUUCCUGGAAGCAGCCGUCAGGACACCACCACCAACCUACCGACAUGACCCUCCCACACGACUAUCAGUACGACCUCUACGCUGUGUGCAACCAUCACGGAGGGAUGCAUGGAGGACAUUAUACUGCUUACUGCAGGAACUCAGUGGAUGGCCUGUGGUAUAGUUACGAUGACAGCAGCGUCGACCUGGUGCCAGAGGAGGAAGUAUGCACCAGAGGGGCUUACAUCCUUUUCUACCAGAGACGCAACACCAUUCCUCCAUGGUCGGCCAGUAGCUCCAUCCGAGGCUCCACAAGUUCAUCAAUGUCAGACCACUGGCUAAUCCGGCUGACAGUGGACAGUAAGAGAGGCAGUCUGGUGUCUCGCUCCUCCACCACCUGCCCGUCUUCCAUACCCGACUCUCCAGAGUCUCCGGUCUUCCUUGACAGUGGUUGUAAAGAGGAAAGGGGGGGUUUUGAGAGCAGGCCAUUUGUCAGGGGUCUUGAGGGGCGCAGUGUGAGCAUGAGAGCCCCUAGCAAGACCAAGGACACCCUGAGCAAAGUGUUUCCCCUGCGCUGGUCCUUUGGUUCCAAGGACAGACGAAAACCAGAACCAGUGCCUCCACGGGUCCAAGAUCCUGCCCCCGUGGAGCUAGUGCAGUACUUGGAAUCUGGCCGGCGGCCCCGGUGCACAAAGGACCCAAUAGUAACUUUGAUGAGUGAACCACGCAGCACAAAGGAAGCUGCUGGACGCCGUGCUGCAGCAAAUGUCCGAUCUUCCAGUGUUGGGAGUAUAAGUUGUGUGGGUAAAGCAGGAGAUGAGCUGCCGCCAGAGUCUCCACAGGUCCCAGAGGGCCAGAGGAGGCCAUCAGAUAAGACAGCCAGCCUGAGACGCAGCAAGGGGAGCCAGAAAAGAGAUGAGAGCACCUUGAAUAUCAGCAGUAGCUCUAGCAGUAACACCCUCACCAGGAGGAAGGAUGCCAGGAAGCAGAACUCCUCCAAAGCUUCCAAGGAUACUGAGGCAAAAAGGAGUUUCAGUGCUGGAGUUCAGCCCAGCUACAGUACACCCAGCCUUCAUGAUGAGACUCUGAGAAAACAAAAGGGAGACAGGGCUGAUAGGGAAUAUUACGGUGAAUAUGAUGGAAACUCUAAGACCAAGAAAGGAGACAUGCCCAAGAGUCACGAGGGACUGCUCUCUUUCUUCAAAGGUAACUUCCUAAAGAAGGAUAAGGACCCAAGGAAGUCAAAGGAGGGUGAGUCAGGGAGAGGAGGAAGUGAGGAAGGAGUUAGAAGGAACCUGUCAAGGCUGUCACUGUCUAAUGGAGCAGCUGGCGGCAAAACCGGGAUGGAAGUAGGCAAAUCUAAUGGCUCAGGCCAUCUGGGUGAUGAGCUGGUAAACGGGAAAGUUGGACGCACGACAGCUGACAUCAAACGCUCCCAGAGUUCCUCCAACAUCCCCACCAAGGCAGAGCAGAGCAUGCGUAGGACAGCAUCUUUGCAUCGUAAUGGAAUGUCUACAGCCCCGGCACCAUCACGUAGCCUGACAACUGACAAACCAUCUUAUGGCACCCUGCAGAGGACUCGUUACAGCACAACCUCACUGGGGCGCAAAAGGACAGUCCCAGAGUCAAGCUUCUGACAGAGAUAUCUAACACAUCCACACACACACACAGGGCCUUUUACCUGAUAUAAAGUGAGUGACGUCCAGUCUCUGAGAUCAAAGCAAUAGAGCUAAAUUCACAGUGAUACGCCUUUUUGUUCCCAGAAAAUGAGCUGGCUCAAGUGGUUUGGACCAUGGAGAGACAGAUCAAAUGAAGAGUCUUUUAAUGCUGGGAUACAAAGAGUGGAAUGAAAUGAUGUGACCUGUCCAACAAAUGUCAGAGGGAGUCCAUCUCUAUUCUGUUUUUUAUCACUUCAAACAAGUGCCUGAGAAACUAAUAUGCAGUUUAGACCAAUGAUUUUAUGUCUUUUUAGCACUGGAAGCACAAAAUCCCUUAUACAUACACGCACACACACACCCAAACACACACACACACACACACACACACACACACACACACACACACACACACACACACACACACACACACACAUACACAGACACAAACGGACAUACACACAUAAUAUCUGCAUUAUUACUGUAAUUUGAGUGUUGGAAUUCAUAAAUCCGUUUUGAAUUCUUAUGGUUAUUUGCUUGCAAUCAAGACACACUGAUUGUGUUCAUUUAUAUGAAUGUAAUGUGUCCACUUGAUUAACGGUGGUGCUUUGAGGCUGCAGUUUCUGAUUAACAUCAAUUACUCAUCUUUAAUCCCUUCUUUAAUGUUUAUUUAAAGUACAGAGUGGCUUGGAACACAAAGCAAUGAUUUCUCCCCAUGUGACCCAGACUUCAGUUGUUGUUUAUUCCAUUGUAAACAUGCAGUGGAAAGACCAAAACAUCUACCUGCAAUAACUCGCUGGGUGGGAGUGGUAUUCUGUAGAAUCAGUGAGCUCGAUCUCUUAAUUAUUAUUUGGCCAAGACAAUGAAUCUUUCCCAAGACCAGUAGUGCUUUAUGGCUGAGCCUGACUAAUCUCCCUGUAGUGGAAAGGAAUUUAAAAAAUAUAUGUCUACCGUGAAGGGUAACAUUAAUGCAAUAUCCACCCUUAGAGAAUGUUUUACACCCUUGCUAUAACAUUAGUUAAAUAUAUUAAAUGCAUUCCAUAGUUUUUUGGUUUAACCCCUUUAUUUUUCUCAGUUUAUGAUUUCCUGUUUUCCAGACUUUAUCAAUUGUCAGAAAAUAGUUGCAUUUAGCUGUGGGGUGUAUGAAGGAGGUGAAUGCAAUUAGCACAGCUAGAGGACACUGAGCUUUUCUCCUCUCUCAAAAUGCAGGAUGCAGGAUGUGGAUGUCGCAUGCUCUUCUAUAGAAUCUGUAUUUGGUGGAAAAAUUCUGCUUUUUCCAUCAUUUUUUGAGCGGCUUUUUGUUAAACGUGGCAGCUCUGGAAAACUAGCUCUUGCUCUUUGAUUGUGAUGAAUUUUCAUCUGAACCUGACAUUCACUGAUUUUGAUUUAUGCAGUCAAGGUUCACUUUAGAACAGCUGGUAAUACUGCAGUCUGACGCUGGCUACAUAUGGCCAGUUAGCAAGACAUAUACUCCACAAAACACCAAAAUGGAUCCAAAAAUGUAAGCUGUUUCAGUGUUCUAGGUUGGGGUUCUUCCUUAAAAUUAUGAAAGAUUUAAAAUGCCUAAAUGAAAACAAAUCAAACAAAGAAAUAAAGUAAAACGCAAUACAUAUUGACAUAUAUUUUCCUUUUUAUGUGUGCAUUUACUGUAAGCUAACACGAGCUAACGCUAACUAGUUCACUUACUGAGAAUUGUGCCAAAAAGACCCCUCUAAAUGUGUGUUUUUGCGCUUCUUGCAACACAAUCUAUCCCUUAAAACUGCAGACAGUCAAUCAAAAAUGUAACUAAAUGUACAGUCGAUAUUAGUGUCCAUGCAGCCUCCUGGCCAACAGGAAACUGUUUUAAUGUGAAAGGCAGUCUACCAUGGCUAUCAUCCACUCACAUCAUCGUAGCUAAGUGCAGCCCAUGGUCCCACCCCAAAUCUGUGAUUGGACAGUUGAUUCGUUGCCAUCUUGGCAUGCAUGAUGGGUGUCCAUUUCAAAAAAGAAAGACCUCUCUUGCCACUCAUCAUGAGAACUAAUGACAGUGCUUUGCAUUUGGUAUUGGCAGGUCUAUGCUGCGCUCUGCUGGACGACACUGAAAUGUAAUACACCUCUUUGCAUCUUUAAUUCAUUUUGUUGUUGCAGAAAAAAGAAAAUAAUAAUAAUUGUGUUGUUAACAAAUAUUUUCAUUUCAUUAUUACACAGUAAUUUUAGACAUAAAAAAGGAAUACAAUUAACAGUGUCCAUUGUAUUUCGUUUAAUUUCUUUGUUUGAUUACUUUUAAUUUAGGCGUUUUAAAUCUUGCGUACACAUCAGAUAGGACUCUAUGAAUCCGGCAUUAUGAAGGUUCUGUCGUGCACUUUGUCUUUUCACAGCUUAAAGUAUUAAGAUAAAGUAUUAAGAUAAACAUUGAUGGUGUUUAUGGCCUGCAGUGAGAUAAAAUUAUACUUUUCAUACGGGGGAAUUGCAUUAUGGGAAUAUUUCUUACAGGGGAACAUGCAGGCAUUUUUGAAAUUUACUUCCGUGUGCUUUUUUUUUUUUUUUUUGCUUAACUUUACCUUGUAACCUUUUUUCCAACAAUAACUUGCUUCAUAUUCAAACCGCUUAGAGCCACUGAUCACAGGGUUGGCAAUUCGAUUCCCGGUUGUCCAUGUGCCGAAGUGUCCUUGGGCAAGACACUGAACGCUAGGUUGCCUCACUUGUCACAAGUCUGUUUCAAAUUCUGAUGUUUUUUUAACAGGCCAGCUGGAUUUGCAUUGAUUUUUAGAUGUUGUGUAUGAUAUGUGUACGGAAAUUUCCCAUGAUGCCUGCUCUGGCUCUACACAUCUAUGGCUCUACAUUUGGUGAUUUAAUUUGCACUUUACACAUAAAGGAAUGUUCAUUAGUAAGUAAUGCUACUAGUCCUUAAUAAGACUCAGUCACUCAUUCAGUUUACUGACAGAGUUACGUGUCAAAUUUUGUUCCCUUCCCGCCAACAAUAAACACAUGAGAAUAUUAUGCUCGAACCGUAGUAGCCAAUGACUGAAAACCUAAAAUAUGAUACAAGUUCAUUAAGAUACAUUAAAACAUACUGUAUAGUAAAAGCACUAUAUCAGCCUUGAAAAAGCUGUGUAAAACUGAACAGUCAACGUGUUGAUGUUAAUGGCGUAUUAACCCUGAUUGUUUAUUAUGGAACUUUCUGAUCGAAAAGUCACAAUGAAUGUACACAACUUCUGUUCGUCUGUUGAAUUUUGUAGCCUACAGCUGUAUUAAAAGAGAAAAGCGCGCGAUACUGUCCAAGCACUGUCCAACACAAUUCCUAUGGCCUUUUACAGUUUAGUGUAUAUCAUUAUCACUAUCCUUUUUCUCAACCUUGAAAUCUGAAAACCAACAAUAUUUAACCAGUAUUUCAAGAAUUUGUAAAGUAUUUCAAAAUGACAUGAAAUUGUUUUUCUUCUGAGGUCCCUUGACUCGGUGGAGCUCUGCAUCAAUGUGUCGACCCAUAAUAGAGAAUGGAGUGAGCUCCUAUCUUUUGUUUUGAAUUUAAACAGGGAGGCAGAAGUUUAUUCACAUCAGCUGAAUUCUGUCUGGUCAUGUUGUAGCAUAUCUGAAUCCUUUUGGUCAGUAUUCACAUUUGAAUGAGAACGGGAUGCUUUUGUAUCCAGCCCAAAGACGAAGUAAUAACAUGCGAGUUCGAUCACCAACUUUGAAAAACUCUAAACAAAUGCCUCCAGUGCUUUUGUUUAAAGCUUGUCACGAUGUAUCACUUUGUUGUCACACUGAUAAUAGUAGACAAAAUGUUGAAGUACUAAGCAGUAUCACAGUUCACUUCAAAAUAAAUAAACAUGCCCUUUUUAUUGGGAAGCAUUUUAUUAAAGAGCCUGUAAGGAUUAAAAUCAAAAAGCAAAUUGUAUUAUGAAAGCCAGUUUUUUUAUGAAGAUUAUCAGUUUCACUUAUGUUUCACUGUUUUAUUUAAAGGUUGAGCACUGGAAUUAACAUUUUCUCAUGUUUGUGCUUGGAUACAAGCUGCUGGUGGUUAUGAAGAAUGACACUAUAGAGCACUACAAUUUCAAGGCUAUGACACAUGAAAGUUUUAAUUUCAGAGGUGAGGGUUUGGUGUCUCACAGUGCAGCCAUAAUUUUUUUGCGUUAGGAGAUGUCUUGGACGGAUUCUGCUUUCCCUACUAAACUGCUAAAUCUCUGCCUCAGUUUUCAUCAUCUGGUUCUGUUUCAGUUAAUUGUGUUAUAUUUAUCUCGCCAAACUCAGUGACAAAAUUUCCCAAAAUGUGAUGAGUGCCCAGAAAAGAGAUAUAACACGCUAAAGUUUCAAUUCUCCCAGUAAAUGUUUGAAUUCCCCUUUGCCUCUGUCUUCCUUCUCAGCACCCACAGUGUACAAAACCUUUCAAAAGCACCCAUGCAUUUUCCUAAAAAGGUGCCUCUCAUCUCCACAUGGAUGGUAUUAUCGUUUAACAGUUUGAAUCAAUCUGCAGAGGAGGCGGAUUUUUUUAAUGUGUAGGUAGCUAAUGUUUCUACUCUAAUCACAUCUCAAACCAAAAAGGUAAAUAAUCUUGUUGCAGGCAGUAGUCAUAGCUUUGGUUAAUGGCACACUGCUACACCGUAAAUCAGAUUUUAAAGAUUUUGUUAAAAGCUCUUUUUUUCUAAUGUUUUCCUUUUUCUUUCUAUUUCUGAAAGAAAUGUGUAAAAAAUAUUUUUCACAUGGCAAUUCAACUGCUGAAACAAUGUAUUGAGUAAUACAGUACAUCUGCACCAGCUGACUCACACAACCUUGCAAGAACACACACCACAUUUAUUUUUACCAACACUUUCAGUACGCUGCACUUUUUUUUAAUUUAUUUUUUUAGCCAGUUUCAAGUCACUAAGCAAUAAUAGUUGAAUGUGUAACUCAUUAGUGAUGGUCCUUUGCACAAGUUUUAAAUGAAGUGUUAAUGAAACUAAAUUGAAGAUGAAGAAAUGAAGCACAGGAGCUUUAUGUUCUCCAGAUAAAAACUUCACACUAAAUAUACCAUAGAACCGCAAGGUCAGACACUUCAUUUUCUCCUUGAAAUGUCAAGAAGGAUUGAUGGUGGCUCUGUUUUGACUGCAGCUGCUAUUUGGCUGUCCUCAGUUAUGAGUUUACCCAACCUUAUAAAUAGAAGUAGUUUGGGAGUUUGCUGGAAAGUAGCAUACUCAAGUAAAUGCAAGCAUUCAUUACCUACUGUCUGGUGUUGUCCGCACUGAAAAUGUGUGCAAACAAAAAAAAAAAUCCUGAUUAGAGCAUGAAAAAUCAAUAUUCUUAGUGUCCUGUCAGAGUGACAGAAAGAUCAGAGCUAUAUUUGACAGGGAACAGGAAACUCACCUUGAAACUUGUGGAAUGGUUUUCUUCAACAUCUGUAUCUGAGCGACAUUUAUCUUAUAAUAGGGCUUAUAAUUCUGAACAACGCACAUGCUUACAUACAAAUUAUUAUAGACGCUGGUGAAAGAUAACCAUGUCCAUCUUUUCAGUAAAUUUUAGUAUAAUCUAGUGUAUAAAACACCAGGUUGAAGUGCAGUCUCUUCCCUGUCGUUCAGCAGAAGCUGAUAAUCACUGAUACAGGAUGAAUUACAUUCACUUAUAUUUUGUUCUUUCUCGGAGGAGAGAGCAAUACAUUACCAUGUAUUAGAGAGAUCAAUGCUGUGUUAUAAUAGGGCAUAGAGUUUAAAUAGGGACACAAAGUCUGUAUUGCAUUAUAAAUUUGUAUGUUUGUGUUUUUCUUUCCAUUGCUCAAUCCACGUGGCCACAUUUACACCAUGUUUACUCCGCCAAACUGAGCACUUCUGUGUUAACACAGUUUUUUGUGAAAUGUAGGUUGAAAGUGUUUUUAUACGCAAGUUUUUAUACAUUUUAUUAAAAAAAAAAUUCUAUGUAUAUAUUUGUGGAUACACACAGACAGAACUGUGUGUGUGUGAGAGAGAGAAAGCAAUAGAGAGAGAAAGAGAGUGAGUGAAUAAAUAAGGUCAUUGUCAUGGACACAGAACCUUUGGUGUGUACUGAUUUGGGAACAAGAUGCUAAGGUAUCCAACUGAACUCACAUGCAAUGUAUUCCAUAUUUUACAUAAUGGUGUAACUAGUAUGCUUUCACUACAAAACAGCAGUUUCUGCCUGAUUUGUCAUCUGUACAUGAUGGUAUAUUGUUUAUUUUUCAGUACAACAAAUAAAAAGAUGUUAUUUAUGGUUAUGGCCUUCAGUCAACAGCUUGUAGAUGCUUGAUCAGAAAUAUUAAUAUAAGAAAUACACAAAGGAUAAUCUUAACAAUGCAAUAAUGUUUCAUUUUCUAUUUCUAAAAAGAAUGAGGUGCCACUCGUUUGAAAGAGACAUUAUUUUGCUUUCUCAUUCAUAUGGCAAGAUCCUGCGAGGGAAAGCUAGUUUUGGUAUAAC